AUCCCAGCAUUUGGGAGGUGGAGGUAGGGAGAUCAGGAGUUCAAAGCUAACACAUUCAGAGGAGGCAGUGCACACCUUUACUCCCAGCACUCAGGCUACAGGAUCUCUGUGAGAUCCAGACCAGCCUAGUCUACAUGAGAUACUAUCUUAAAACGAAAACAGAAACAGAUAUGAGUAACCAGGUUCUUCUGCCCAUUGUGGAUUGUCCUUUCUGGGAAAGUCCUGGGAAUCUUGUUUUCUGCUGAUGCCCAAAAUGGGGAAACGGGCCCAGAAGGUGACAGCAGGCACAGAAUCGGGCUAAGAGACUUUACCUGUCUCUUCCUCACAUUGUGCUCCACCCAACCUUUGCUUUCCAUCCCCAUUAGUUUAUUUUUGAAACAGGAUUUCCUUGUAGCUGGCCUGGAACUCGAAAUGUAGACUAGGCUGGCAUAGAACUCAGAGAUCCUCCUGCCUCUACCUCCCAAGUGCUGGGAUCACACCCAGCUCCACCUCCAGGUUUUUCCAUUCCAGUCUAUGCCAACGCUCCCCGCCCCAAGAGCAACCCCAGCCCUGCCAGAGUAAGGAGACCCACCAGGUUAUGCAAAUUAAGCGUUCUAUGAUCCCGCUUCAAUGGGUUAAGCAAAUAAGGUGCUUGGUGGUCACUUCCGGACCCCUAAGGAGGAGCUGCAAGCCCCCCCCUCGCGGCCGCCGUGAUUUGGUCAUGCAAAUGAACUGCCUGGUGGCCCCGCCCCAACUAACUAGGCCGUGGGUCCCUGUCCACUACACAAAUUGAUUGUACAAAUCGGGUGCUCAGUGACUGCCCCGAAAAACUGAGGCGCAGUCGAUCCACCCCCACCGGUUAUGCAGAUGAAGUGCUCAUGGCCCCGCCCCAAUACGGUAAAGAGGUGCCAUGAACCCCACAAGCUACCCGGACGUAGUGCGCCUGACACCCCCAAUCCUUGUCCCAAUCCCCGCCCCGUGUUAUGCAAAUGAGAUGCUGCAAGUCUCUUCCUCGCUCAGCUGACGAGGCCCAGCGAGUCUCCGCCCCACUGGAUUAUGCAAAUCAGGCGCUCGAGUCCUCGCCCUACUGGGUUAUUCAAAUAAAGGACCGGGUCCUCCAGCCCCGACGUGCUAUAAAGGCGAUGUAAACCCUCCCCACAUAAGGCUGUCAGUGGUCCCCGCCCCUCGCUCUAGGAAGACAACGCGAGUCCCCGCCCCACUGGGUUAUGCAAAUUAGUUUUUCCGUGGCUCCUCCCCGCCUCCUCCUCGGAGUCUGCGCGGCGGGGCAGGCCCGGCGGUCCUGGCUUUUGUAUCUCGCGUCCUCCUUCUCGGCCAGCCGUUCGUCUGUUUGUCCCGCUACACCGGGGCAGUCUAGACUGGGUGGGGGCUCAGUCAGCUGCGACGGCGCGGCGGCAUUCUAGACCCGGCCUCAAUGGAGCCCUGGACCCACAGUGCCUCCCCUCACCUGCCUGGGCCUCAGUUUCCCCAUCUGCACAAUGGAGAUGAGCAUCCUCACCCUGCUGAUCUCCAGGAGUGGCUGUGAGUUGGCAGUGGUCCUGGUGAUGGCCUGCAGGAAGCCCUAGGGCAUUUUUGCAGGUGAGACCAGUGUAAUGGUGGGUAGGAGCUGAUUUGAUUGUGUUGGCCACUUGAAGCCCUGGAGCCUGGAGACUGAGGCCUAACCUUUACCAUGGCGGGAAGAAGACCUCACCUGAAGCGCAGCUUCUCUAUUAUCCCCUGCUUUGUCUUUGUGGAGUCUGUGCUGCUGGGCAUCGUGGUCCUGCUCGCCUACCGCCUGGAGUUCACCGACACCUUCCCUGUGCACACCCAGGGUUUCUUUUGCUAUGACAACACUUAUGCCAAGCCGUACCCGGGACCUGAGGCUGCCAGCCGAGCACCUCCUUCCCUCAUCUAUGCCCUGGUCACUGCUGGGCCCACCCUCACGAUCCUGCUGGGGGAGCUGGCACGUGCCUUUUUCCCUGCACCACCUUCUGCCAGUCCGGUCACUGGGGAGAGUACCAUUGUGUCUGGGGCCUGCUGCCGCUUCAGUCCCCCACUGCGGAGGCUGGUGCGCUUCUUAGGGGUGUACUCGUUUGGCCUCUUCACCACCACCAUCUUUGCCAAUGCUGGACAGGUGGUGACUGGCAACCCCACACCACAUUUCCUGUCAGUAUGUCGCCCCAACUACACUGCCCUGGGCUGCCCACCACCCUCUCCUGACCGGCCAGGGCCUGAUCGCUUUGUCACGGACCAGAGCGCCUGUGCGGGUAGCCCCAGCCUGGUGGCCGCAGCCCGCCGUGCCUUCCCGUGCAAGGAUGCAGCCCUCUGCGCCUACGCUGUCACCUACACUGCGAUGUACGUGACCCUGGUGUUCCGAGUGAAGGGCUCCCGCCUCGUGAAGCCUUCCCUCUGCCUGGCCCUGCUGUGUCCUGCUUUCCUGGUGGGUGUUGUGCGAGUGGCGGAGUAUCGCAACCACUGGUCUGACGUGCUGGCUGGCUUCCUGACUGGGGCAGCCAUUGCCAGUUUUCUGGUCACCUGUGUCGUGCACAAUUUCCAGAGCCGGCCCCCCUCUGGUCAAAGGCUCUCCCCCUGGGAGGACCUGAGCCAGGCCCCCACCAUGGACAGCCCUCUCGAAAAGUUAAGUGUGGCCCAGGAACCCCCCGAGACCUGCAGGCCGCAUUCGACACCGGCACGGCUCACCCCAUCCAAGCCGCAGAACUGUGCCCGCCGUGGCCACCUGAUUCCCAGCUGCGUGUCCUCCAGAGCCCCAGCGAUGUGUUCCUCGCCUCGUGUGCCCCGCCCCCGACUGAGGUCUGAGCCGACACCCCUCCCCUUACCCUUGCCUCUGCCCACACCGACUCCCAGCCAAGGUCCCUCACCUUCCUCCCCUGGACCGGGGGGGCCAGGUGGGGGAGGUGGGCGUGGCCGGAAGCUGCUGCUGCCCACGCCCCUGCUGCGGGACCUGUACACCCUCAGUGGACUCUAUCCCUCCCCUUUCCAUCGGGACAGUUUCAGCCCUUACCUGUUUGCCAGCCGGGACCACUUGCUGUGAGACCCACCACCCACCCAGAAUCCGCCCAAAGUCCUCAUUUCCUCCCCUGCUGUGUGUGUGUGUGUGUGUGUGUGUGUGUGUGUGUGUGUGUGUCUGCGUGGGUGCCACAUGAGUGCUACAGGCAGGCACCUGUCCUCCAAACCAGCCAGACCCAGACAUCAGAGGAUGACUGGAAGGACAUUUGGGGGAACCUCUUGGCUGUGCUAGUGGACAUGCCAGUGUGCCAAAAUAACCAGGUGUGCCCCCUCUUCCUAGGGUAGCCUUUUCAAGGGUUGAAGCUUGGCCCAAUAGAUCAUUGCCUAGCCCAUGAGCGCUCCUAGAUCUUAGAAUUCUAACCCAAAAGGAGUUUACUUCAGCCAAUGGGAACCGCCCUCUCACUUAAGAGUCCUGCAGGCAAGAGGACUCCAGCCAGUGUUCAGGAUCUGAACUGCCUGCCAAUAGGAGCCCCUGGCUUUCAGAAUUUCCAAGAGUGGGUGGGAAUGAUUCCAGUCAAUGGGGGACCGCCCGUGCUACUAUACAUGUCAAAGCCAAGGAAGUUGAUCCAGGCUCUCUCUCUCAAGAAUCAUGGAGUCCAGCUGGAGGGGCGGGGGCAGGCUCCCCCAUCCCAAAGUCUUGGGGCACCCUUUCUCUCUCAGCCCCCCUACCCCCAUAUACACCAUCUCAUGCAUCCCUCUGAACUCCCUAUUUAAACAGGGCUUCACAGGUUUUGGUGUUCUGGGUGCUGUGUUUCCCCUUGGCUGUGCCCAGGGUACCCCAAAACCUUCUGUUAUUUAUUAGGGCUGUGGGAAAGACUUUUUGCCCCUGAUCACACUGUCCUCCUAUGCCUCAGCCUCACACAGAUGUGCCAUCUUUGGGAGCAUGGGUAGAGUAGAAGGGGGCUUCCCCACCCUGAGCAGCCAAAGGCUGUGGGCAGAUGAGACACUGUCCCCUCCCUUCCCCUCUCCCCUCUUCUUUAAUAAAGACCUGUUUGUAACAGAA